AUGACCCUGGUCUCUAGAGAUGGAAGCUUUGCCCUGGGGUUCUUUAGUCCUGGUAAUUCCGGCAACCGUUACUUGGGAAUAUGGUACAACAAUAUCCCAGUUAGAACGGUUGUUUGGGUAGCAAACCGGCUCAAUCCAAUAAACGACUCGUCUGGCAUGUUGAUGGUAAACAGUUCAGGUAGUCUUGUUCUUCUCAGCCAGAAUAGAACAGUUGCUUGGUCGGCAAACUCAACAAAAAAGGCCUGGAAUCCAAUAGUCCAGCUUUUAGAUUCAGGAAAUCUAAUAUUAAGAGAAGAGAAGGAAGAAAACCCAGAAAAAUAUUUGUGGCAAAGCUUUGACUAUCCUUCUAAUACUUGGCUACCAGGAAUGAAAGUUGGAUGGGACUUAAAGACUGGUCUGGAACGGCGCAUAUCUGCAUGGAAGAGUCCAGAUGACCCGUCUCCUGGAGAACUGAGUUUUGGGGUUGAACUUCAUAAUUACCCUGAAAUAGUCGCAAAGAAAGGCACCGAGAAGUUCUUAAGGACCGGACCAUGGAAUGGCCUUGGUUUCAGUGGUGUAUCAGACAUAAAGGACAAUCCGGUUUACACCUACGAUUUUGUCAUCAACAGCGAUGAGGUAUACGUCAUAUUCCACCUGAUUGAAAAAUCUGUAAUCUCAAGAGGAGUUUUGAACGAAAAUACGUCCUCAUAUGAGCGCUACAUAUGGGUCGAAGCAGAUAAAAAAUGGACCACACUCAUUUCUUCACCAGGAGACAGAUGUGACACCUAUAAUUUAUGUGGUCCUUAUGGAAAUUGUAUCAUUGGUAAGUCACCUAUCUGUCAAUGUGUAGAAGGAUUCAAGCAUAAGUCACCAGAUACAUGGAACCCAGAUGAGUGGUCUAAGGGAUGUGUACGCAUUACCCAAUUGAGCUGCGAGGAUAAAGAUAAAAUUGGGUUUGCUAAAUUUGUUGGGCUCAAAAUGCCAGAUACCACGUAUUCCUGGAUGAACGGAAGUAUGAAUCUUAACGAAUGCAAAGUCAAAUGUUUGAACAACUGUUCCUGUACGGCUUAUGCAAACUCAGAUAUUAAAAAUGGAGGAAGUGGCUGCGCCAUGUGGUUUGGGGAUCUAAUUGAUAUUAGACAGGUUGCAGCUAAUGGGCAGGAUGUAUAUAUUCGAAUGCCUGCUUCAGAGCAAGUCAAUCAUAAAGAGGAGAAAGACAAAAAGAUGAAGGUUAUAGUGAUAGUUGUGGUUGCAAUUGCGGUCGUUUUUGGCGUGCUCUUCAUUCCCUACUGCAUUAGCAAAAGGACAAAAGUCAGAGGGAAAUUGGAGAAUAAUGUGAUGGUAGACCAGAACAUUGAAGGCCAAAGUGAAGAUAUGGAGGUCACAUUCUUCACCCUAGCUACCAUAGCCACUGCCACUGACAAUUUUUCAAGUAAUAACAAGCUUGGUGAAGGUGGCUUUGGACUUGUAUAUAAGGGUACCCUAGUAGAUGGAAAAGAAAUUGCUGUAAAAAGGCUUUCACGGAGUUCUGGACAAGGAUUGAACGAGUUUAAAAAUGAAGUUAUACUAAUCGCCAAAUUGCAGCAUCGAAAUCUUGUUAGGCUUUUGGGCUAUUGCAUUGAAGGAGAUGAGAAAAUCCUAAUCUAUGAAUAUAUGCUCAAUGGAAGCUUGGAUUCCUUCAUUUUUGAUCAAACAAGAGCUAAAGUUUUGGGUUGGUCUAUGCGCUUUAACAUUAUCUAUGGGAUUGCGCGAGGGCUUCUCUAUCUUCACGAAGAUUCUAGAUUGAGGAUUAUAUAUAGAGACCUCAAAGCAAGCAAUGUUUUACUUGAUAGUAAGAUGAUUCCAAAAAUUGCUGACUUCGGUAUGGCUAGAAUUGUUGGUGGAGAUCAAACUGAAGGAAACACAAGACGAGUGGUUGGAAUUUAGUACGUAUUCUCAACAUGUUUUAUUGUUGACAUUUUUUUAAUCAAAUAUUUUAAUGCUUAAUGAUGUUUUUGCAGUGGUUAUAUGGCACCUGAAUACGCAAUUAAUGGUAUAUUUUCAGUAAAAUCUGAUGUUUUUAGUUUUGGAGUAUUGUUGUUGGAGAUAAUAAGUGGAAAGAAAAAUCGAGGUUGGUUCCAUCCAGACCAUAGUCUAAACCUUGUUGAACAUGCAUGAAAAUUAUGGAAAGAAGGUAGGCCUUUAGAACUGAUUGAUACUUUCUUAGAAGACUCUGGCAUCCAAUCGAAGAUUAUACGUUGCCUCCAUAUUAGUUUCUUAUGUUUGCAACAACAUCAUGACAAUCGGCCAAAUAUGUCAUCUGUGGUUAUGCUAUUGCACAGUGAGGGUUCAUUACCUGAACCCAAAGAGCUAGGUUUCUUUGUAGGAAAAAAAUCACCUUCAUCAAGCAAGAACCAGUCACCCUCAGUCAAUGAAAUUACUAUUACCAUGUUAGAGGCUCGAUAGUCAAGCAUCAUAUCAAUUGCAUUGUAUAACAUAUCUUAUGAUUGAUAUUUUUCAUCUAUACAUUUUGUAAAUUAUACACACUUGUAUUCUCCAUGUAUGUGAUAUUAGUCUUAUUUGAACUUUAAAGGUUUAUAAUGGCUUCUACAAUACUAUAUAGGUUUGAGUUUGGGCCAAAAGUU